AUGGGACAAGAUACCAAUAUGCUAAACGCCCACCAACAGUUGGUCAGGACCGCCUCAGGGAGACCAGGGCAAGACACACCACAGCAGGCUCCAGGGACGGCCACACGUCUGCUCAAGCUUCUCUCAAGCAUCCCCCAAGCUGAGCAGGGGAGUCUUGGGAGCAGUGAUGGUGUAAUUCAGGGCCAGCAGCAGAGGUCUCAGAGCGCAGGGCAGACGACAAAGAAGGACCGGAGGCUCAGGGGCCGGAACAAGAAAGGGCAAGGCUCUGCUGAGGCUGAGGAUCUGGUCCCCUCUCCUCCUCGGAAACCCUCCUUCCCCUUCCAGUGGGCCUGGGAGAGCUUCACCACAGAUGGCCGGUCUCCGCUUCAGCCGGGCUCCGCCUCGGCCCCUGGCCACCAAGCCCUGCCCUUGCCCCCAGCGGUCCAUCGGCACAAGUCCAGGCGCAAGUCCACGGCCAACAUCCCGGAGGCCCAUGGCUUCUGCUGGAAGACAGAGGCACCAGAUCUGGAGAGGAGACAGAAGCUCAGGGCCUGUAGCUGCAUCCCCAUCCCUCCUGGCAAAGGGGGGAGCCAAGAGCCGGAGCUGCCUGGGAAGAGCUCAGGAUCGGGGUCGGAGGCCGAGGAGGCCGAGCCGGAAGGCCUGGGCCCUGAGGAGGCCGAGAGGGCUCUGAGACCCGGGGAACCGCCCCAGCUCCCCAGAAGGGGGUCGAUCUUGGAGGAGGAGCCAUUUGCAGAGGCCAUAGACGAGGCUGAGGAGGGGGAGCACAGGGUCCCCCAGAGAAGGAGGGCUAGUUCUCAAAGAAAGGGGCAGAAUUCUGGUGAGGAGGCCUGGGACGAGAGUGAAUUGCGGAGCCAGGGGAGCGGCUCUGGCUCCAACAACCUCCGAGGACCACAGAGGAGGAGGCCAAGGGCCAGGGAGCUGGAGGGGCCGUGGAACCUGGAGAAGCUGCAGAGGCAGCUGCAGCAGGACUUGGACUGUGGUCCCGAAAAGCUGCCCUGGAAGCCAUCGCGGGCUGCUGUUCAGCCCUCCCGCUGGAGCAGGAAGGCCCAUGCCUUGGGAGCUGAUGAGACUUUCCUGUUUGCAAACUUCCCUAACCGCACCUUCCAAAAACGACAGGAGGCCACCAGAAACCGGCUGCGGGCCUGGGAGCAGCAGCAGCAGGAGAAGCAGCAGCAGGCCGAGCUGCGGCGGGCCCGGGAGCAGCAGCUACAGCAGCGGGUGGCUCACUGCCUGGCAGCCUACGUACCCAGAGGGAGCCGGGGGCCGGGGGCUGCCCAGCGCAAGCUGGAGGAGCUAAGGCGCCAGGAGCGACAGCGCUUUGCUGAGUACCAGGCAGAGUUGCGAGCUAUCCAGCAUCGGGUGCAGGCCCGGCCCUACCUGUUCCAGCAGGCCAUGCAGCCUCACUGUGUCCUCAGCAGCCCAGGUGAGGGAGGAACCCCGCUUCUCUCUCCUCAGGCCAAUGCCCGGCUCACUGUGACCCGGCGCUUCUCCCAGGUGCUGUCGGCACUGGGACUGGAUGAGGAGCAGCUGCUGGCUGAGGCAGGAAAGGGGGAUAUGGAGGGCACCCCCAGGAAACCCAGGAGCCACAGGUCACUGGGAGUGAGAAUGGAGCACUCUUCUCAGAGUCCCCCAAAGAAAGAACCCACUGGCAGCCAGCCUGACAAGCGCUCCGCCCCAAGCCCAGACCGAGAGUCCAGUCCCUGA